UAGCAGUCCAUGGAGAAGCAACAGAGAGCAAACGACGGCAAAUCGACGGACCGGAAAAUUCUGUCGGAGGUCGGGGAACAUGGCGUAGCUAUUAUCACUAUCAAUCGUCCACCUCUCAAUCUGCUUUCUGUUGACGCGGCGUAUCAGAAUUUUGAGCCAAUCAGUGCAAAAUAGUACUUUUUUUUGGGGAAUUAUUUGAGGCGUAUAGAUAAACAAAUGCUCAAAUUUGUCCGAAAAAGCAGAAUUGAACACUCCCAUGUUAAGUACACACAUCUGCACACUUCAACUCAUCUUCAUAGUGUCAGUUGAACUCUACAACUUGCAAAAUGAUCAUCUAAAACAUCUUCAAAAUUUUUAUGUGUUACUUAAGUUUCAGGAGACUAGUUGGGGUGUGUAGUUGCCAAAUGAGACUAUUUAAGGUGUCUAGAUGUGCACUCUCGAAGUUGGAGUGCUUACAUGUUAGCUGAGGCUGAUUUUGAGUGUUUGUUUAUGUUUUGUGUCAUUAUUUAAUUGUAUAUGUGUAGUUCAAGCGGAAAGUAGUGGGCACACUGCAAGUUCAUUGCAUCCGCAGAUUUUUCUUUUCAUAUUUGUAGAAGAUUUGAAGCUGCUUUGGAGUAGAAGUGGACUCCUUUUGCAUUAAUUAGCUUUACUCAGUGACUGAAUUGGAACGAGCAUUCAUUAGUUGAAUUGUAAGAUGUAAAUAAAUGAACUUCAACUGUUCAUAUUUAUCAUCAAUUCUCAAUGGAGCAGAAUAAACAUAGAUGAUUUAUGUGGUUAAGGGGAACUAUUUUGGGAUUGAGUCGUAGUUGAGUGAUCAAGUGCUGCUCCUUUGUUUAGCGUUGACAAAUUUACUUGUGGAAUGCUCUCUAGUGCUUUCCUUAUUAGUUGCUAUGUCUUCUUCAUUGUCUUUUCCUUCUCAUAACUACUUUGAUGUGCUGCACUUGAGCCGAGGGUUAUUUUGAAACAACCUCUCUACCUUCAUGAAGUAGGGGUAAGGUCUGCAUAUACUCUACUCUUCCUGGACGCCACUUGUGGGAUUACAUAGGUGGUAUUGAGCUUGAAAGAGAAGAUUGAGGAAGCUAUACGUAAAGAUAGUGUGAAGGCAAUUGUCAUUACUGGUUCAAGAGGAAACUUCUCAGCAGGAUUUGUUGUAACAGCUUUUGGUGGAAGUCAACAGAGAAAGACACAUAGAGAACUUGGCUUUAUGUCAAUUGACUUUAUCACUGACACAUUGGAAGCUUCAAGGAAACCCAUUGUUGCUGCUGUUGAAGGUUUUUGUUUGGGAGGGGGAUUUGAAAUUGCACUAGCUUGUCAUGCUCGCAUAUCAACAUCUACCUCAAAAUUAGGUCUUCCCGAACUUCAGUAUGGGAUUCUUCCUGGGUUUGGAGGAACACAACGGCUUCCUCGGCUGGUUGGCCUUCCAAAGGCUCUUGAAAUGAUUCUGACGUCAAAGCGGAUAAGUGGAGACGAAGCUUGCAAUAUGUGCCUAGUGGAUGCUAUAUCUCCAUCAGAUCAGUUGCUUGGAUCAGCUUGUCAAUGGGCUUUGGAUAUAUUAGAAUGUCAAAGACCAUGGUCUAUCAGUCUUUUCAGAACCGAUAGAUUAGCACCUCUGGCAGAAGCUAGGACAUUGCUCAAUUCUGUCAGAGCUCAGAUUCAGAAACAAAAUCCAAAUGUUAUCCAUCCCUUGGUUUGUAUUGAUGUCAUUGAACAUGGUAUUCUUUGUGGCCCUCGUAAUGGACUAUGGAAGGAAGCUGAAGCUUUACAUGAACUUCGACAAUCUGAUAGUUGCAGGAGCUUAGUGCAUGUAUUCUUUGCAAAACAAAACACUUCAAAGAUUCCUGGGAUUACUGAUAUAGGACUGGUACCAAGGAAGAUUAACAAGGUUGCUAUACUUGGUGGGAGCUUGAUGAGUUCUGAAAUAGCAACAGUGCUGGUACUUGCAAACUAUUAUGUAAUCAUGAAGUAUAUAGAUCAGAAUUCUCUGCAGAGUGGCAUUGGCAGAGUUAAUGCCAAUUUGGAAGGACGUGUUAAGGAAGGAAGAAUGACUCAAGAGCAUUAUAAAAAAGCGUGCACGCUUUUAAAGGGUGUUUUGAGCUAUGAUAACUUCAAAGAUGUGGAUCUAGUCAUAGAGGACAUGCCUGACAUUGUGUCCUUGAAGCAGCAAUUUUUUGCUGAUCUUGAUGAAUGUUGCCCUCAUCACUGCAUUUUUGCUUCAACUACUUGUAUAGUCAACUUAGAUUUGAUUGGAGAAAGGAUGAAACCAUGUAGGGAGAUUGUUGGGAUCCACUUUUUUAGCUCACCCUCUGUCACUGAUCUCCUGGAAAUUGUCCGAACAAAGAGGACAUCCCCUCAAACGCUUGUUGAUCUGUUAAACUUUGGAAGGAGGAUUCAAAAGACUCCUAUUGUAGUUCAGAAUUGUACAGGUUUUGCAGUCAGACAUAUGUGCUUCCCCUACUUGCAGGCAGCGAUGCUUCUUGUUGAACAUGGUGCUGAUGUGUAUCAGAUUGAUAAGGCGCUUACCAGCUUUGGGUUGAAACUGGGUCCAUUUAGAAUGCUUGAUCAAGAUGGAUUCCUGUCUGCAGCUGUGCAUGAUGUGAAAUUCCUUGAGACUUUUCCAGAUAGAUCUUACAAAUCGAAUUUGAUUCCAAUCAUGAGGAAAAAUAACGGUGAAGGUAAAUACUCUUGCCAGGGCUUCUACACAUACAAUGACAAGGAAGAGGCAAGCCCAGAUCCCGAAAUAUCAAAAUAUAUAGAAAUGGCGAGAAGUAUGUCUGGUAUCACCAUUAGAUCAAAGUUGGCAACGUUGUCCGAUGGAGAAAUUGUUGAGAUGAUUCUUUUCCCUGUACUGAAUGAAGCAUGUCGCAUGAUAUCAGAGGCAAUUAUAGUGAAAUCCUCUGAUCUUGAUGUUGCUUCAGUUUUGGGUAUGGGAUUCCCUGGAUACAGGGGAGGCAUAAUUUUUUGGUCUCACUCUGUUGGCUCCAAAUAUAUUUGUUCAAAACUGGAAGAAUGGUCGAAGGAGUAUGGAGAGUUUUUCAAGCCUUGUGCAUACUUAGUCGAACAAGCUUCCAAGAGAAGUUCUUUGGGGGCGCAGGUUAAGCAGGCCAAGUCGCUUUUGUAAGAUUGUCAUGAUGACAACAACAUAUCAUUCUAAUACCCAGUUCAUAUGUCAGAUAUUUGUGCAAUGUUGUAAAUACUCAUGCUAGUUGGAAUUUACCCACACACUGUAGUUGCUUGAUCUUUAUGUAUCAUUCACCUAACGGGAUCAUAGUGACUGAGACUGCAGUUAUGUGUUGUAUAAAGUCUAUGGAUAGAGUUGGCUUGAAAUGGAUAAAGAUGAAAAGGAAGAUGGUGCUGAUCGCUGUAUUAAAUAUACAUGUAAUUCAGGUGAAGUUUGUGUUUUUACAUGUCAAUCAACAGUUUUCAUUUUUUGGUUUUCUUCUUUGUCGGAGUCAAACAGUAUCUGCUUUUAGACGCAUACUAUUGUGUUUAGUGGCGGAGCCACUCUUGUUCAA